CGCGCGCGGCAUGUGGUGUGUCUCCUGAACUCGCAGGAACGGUUCUUCACCACGAGCUCGUGCUCCGGCAGGAUCGUGCUCAUGGACGGGUCUAGUGCAGAGUGGGCAGAGAUGAAGAUGCUGAGGUUCUCUCUGGGAGGAACCAGGAUGGAUCAGGAAUGAGGACAUCAGAGGGACAGACACAUGUUAGAGGUUGUGGAGAUAAAGUCAGACUGAGAUGGUUCAGACACGUCCAGAGGAGAGACGGUGAAUCUAUCGGUGGAAGGAGUCUAGAGCUGCAAGAGGUCUAGAGGAAGACCAGAGAGGAGGAUUCUGGAUGCAGAGAAGGAAGACAUGAAGCCUCCAGAGGGCGGUGUUGUGCAGAAGAAGGACUGCCGGUGGCUCUUCAUCUCCCAUGACCCCUGCAGGUCUGAAGACCUGGUGUCCGCUCUGAGCAGGUCCAGCGGGGAAGCGGUGCUGAAGUUUGAGGCCUUCGUCCUCCACGUUCAGUGUCACCGGUUAGAGGACGCACAGCUGCUGGUGAGAGCUGCACGCCGCGUCUUCGCCAAUGUGCAGAUGACUUUCAUAUGUGGAAAAGAUCUUCUGAUGCUGCGCAGAAACCUGCACUCGGUGGCUGUCAACUCCGGCUUCAGGAACUCUGGGCUCACCGUCAGCAGAUCUGGGAAGAUCAUCAUGGCCGUCCGCAGCACCCACGGCCUGGAGGUUCCUCUGAGCCACGGCGGGAAGCUCCUGGUUGGAGAAGAGUACGUCCACUUCCUGACACAGAAAGCCAAUCAGAAGAUGGAGGAGAACUUCAGACGCAUCCACAGGUUUUUCCAGAUCCUCCAGGCAGCUCUGACAGCAGAAACCCCGGACCUGCAGGGGGCAGAAGAUCCGGCCGUCACUCCCGGAGAGCAGGAGAACCAGGCCGCUGUGUACAGACGGAGGAGGAAGAGGCACCAGAGUCAGACCCACGCCGAGCUCGACGAAGAGGACAGCUGCUCACUGGACGACUGUCUGGAUCUGUUUUCAUGAGAAAUGACAAACAUUUCCAGAUGCACUGCUGAUGGUGCCGUAACAGCUCGAGUCCCGCUCUUUAGCUCCUGCAGGACGCACGCACAGCUGCAGGUCAGAGGUCAUGUGACCCCUGCUGCGGCGGUCCAGCAUUUCAUGCCCGUCUUAAGGUUCAUCUCAGCUCUGAAGAAAGCCGGACUCAAAGCUCAGAUCCAAGGAUUUACUGAAGCCAGUUGUCUGAAAAAAUGCAGCAAAGUGACACUUUCAGAUUCAAACCCACGGCGGCCGGACGUGAGCGUGGGAUACUCCGCUGCACAUCAGUGGUCCCAUCGCCAAAGAGACCGUCCACAGCAUGAAGACGUUUGACGCUGGGAUAGAAACCAUCAGGCACAGACAGAAAUCAGUCAAGAACUUGUGGUGAAGUGGUUUAAAAUGCAUAAAUGUGAGGUGAAACAUGAAGACGUCAAAUAAAAUCUGGAUUUCAUUG